AUGAAGAAAUACGUCGUUUUCUUACUUCUUGCUACUCUAUGCUCGCCAAUUUCCAGCGAUUAUUCCCCCAGUGGAUUUACCGGUGGUUUCCCUUUUUUAACUGAAUCACAACCCGUUGAUCAUGUAAAUAAUUGUUCAAAUACUCGAGCAGGUGAAUUAAUGCAAUUCACAUUAGAUCUAGUAAACGCAGAGUACGAGAACUCUUCUGAACCAUGUGUGCAUAGGAAUGAGGGACCAGGAAUCCUUGGGGUUCCUUCGACUUCUAGAGCGUAUCGUUCUGUUGCUGUUGGCAUGUAUAAUAUUUGGGCCAAAUUUGAUUCAACCGCCGUUACUACAUUUUAUCGCAACGAUCCCUUCCCCAGACUACAAGGUACAGAGCAGCGAAAACAACAGAUGAUCACCUACGCUACUUUCUAUGUGCUUCAGUACCUUCUACCCGAAGGCGUGCAACGCAACAACACAAUGCAGUUGUUCAACUUCAGAUACAAUACCGACUUUAAUUCGACUGACGCAAAACUUGCCCAAAAUAUUACCGAAAGACUUAUUGCACAAUUAAAAGUGGAUGGCUUUAACCAAGAAGGAUGCUAUGCUGAUACUACGGGAUAUAGAUCAUCGUAUGUUGUUAAAGUAUCUAUUACGCAUUUUGUAAAUUCUUCGUCUUACUUUACUAAUCAAUAUUCUGCUUAUAGUAAUCCACCAACAGAUUUAACAAAUAGCAGCACAAUUGAUGCUUCCCGCUUGAUUCAAAAAAAAAAGUACCACUGGUCACAGGAAAUUCGUGAUGAUGAUGUUCCUAAGCCGCGUCCAUUUAGCGAUCCACAGGCAUCUAAAGGCAAACCUUUCAUCUCACCCAAGUUACUUAAAUCACUGUUACCUCCAAAACCAAACUUUACAAUAUUUGAUGCGCAAUACCAAAAUGUUGCAGAGGUUGUACUUAAUGACACAAAGAAAAUCAUUGUUGAAUACUGGGCUGAAAUACCAACUUGGCAAUGGUUUGCGAUACAAGUGAUUAUUCGAAAGUGCUAUAAUUUGGAUGAAGCUGUGAAGCUAUUGUUUGCAGUUUCAAACGCUGUUUACGAUGCAGUCAUUGCUGUUUGGAUUAGUAAACGCAUGUAUGACACAGCACGGCCAUCUACUUUCAUUCCAGAAUAUCUCCCUAAUCUCACCCUUCGUGAUGCAUUCCUAGGUUACUAUUGUGGCUAUGGUAAUAUUAGUGGCGAACUGUGGCAACCAUAUCAGGCCAAGAAGUUUAUCACACCACCAUUCCCAGGUUAUGUUUCUGGGCAUGCUACCAUGAGCCGAACUGCAGCGGAAGUUCUGCGUCUCUUCACUGGAUCAAACACCAUUCCCGGGGGACCUUUCCAAUUUACUACUCCAAAAGGUGAAUCAUUCUAUGAACCGUUCUGCGAUCAUAACAAUAAAACUCGAUCUGGAGCAUCUUGCACCUUUAUGACAUGCAAAGUUAAUCCGAGUUUAAACUCAGAAAACAAUUUCACUCCAAAAGAAAAUAUAACUCUUAAGUGGUUCAAGUUCACAGAUCUAUCAGAUGAUGCUAGUCAGUCACGACUUUAUGCUGGGGUUCAUAUCGAUGUUGAUGCUCUCCAGGGCGUUGAAGUAGGCAAAAAACUAGGACCCGAAGUUUGGAAUACUGUGCAAAAAUACAUUGCAG